AUGAACUCUUCUGUGCAACUCUAUAAUCUACAAGAAAGAUAUGCAGAUGCUUUUGCAAAAAUAUUUACAAUCAUUUUUCUUGCGGUCAUAAUUAUCUCCAUCAAUGGAGUGUUUGUAUACAUAUUCUUUAGGAGUUCAAUUUUCUACAAUGAUCCAAGAUACAUAUUAUAUAUUCACUUGGUUAUCAAUGAUAUGCUCAUGGUUUGUUUAUCUGUAACUCUUUUUGUGAUGAGUUUUGCAUGGCAAAAUGUACCAUUCCCAUUCUGUGUCACCCUGCUAAUAGUAGCUGCAACUACUCAUAAGAACACUCCUCUGACUUUGGCCGGUAUGGCCAUUGAGCGUUACAUCGCCAUCUGCAAGCCACUGCAUCACCAUCAGAUCUGCACAGUGCGCAGGACCUACCUCCUCAUCUCUCUGAUUUGGGGUGUGGGAGUCAUACCUGGAUUGAACGACUUGAUUGUCAUUGUAAUUGUUCGUCCUUUAUCUGUCUUUAAAACAGUUGCUCUCUGUAGUUCAGCAACUCUUUAUAACACACCAUACCAUGCAGAACUCAGCAAAUGUACACUUGGGCUUUAUACAUCUGUUGUGUGGUUAAUUCUUGUAUUCACAUAUUGUCAAGUGCUGAUUGCAGCUAGAAGGGCCUCUUUCAUCAAGAUCACUGGAAGGAACUAA